CCGGGCCGGGCCGGGCCGGGCCGGGCCGGGCGGCGGCACCAUGCACUGCCACGCCGAGCUGCGGCUCAGCGCCCCCGGGCAGCUCAAGGCAGCCAGGCGGCGCUACAAGACUUUCAUGAUCGACGAGAUCCUGUCCAAGGAGACCUGCGACUACUUCGAGAAACUUUCCCUCUACUCCGUCUGCCCGUCGCUCCUCGUCCGGCCCAAGCCGCUGCACUCCUGCACGGGGUCCCCUUCUGUGAGGGCAUAUCCUCUCAUCUCCAUCAUCACCAGGCAGCCCUCUGUGGUUUCCCAUAUCAUCCCCGCAGCCACCAGCUCUCGGGUGCUGUCACCUCAGUCCUCCUCAGUAGGUGCCAGCUCAGAGACGCCAGUCAGCGAAACCCCUGCCAGCAGUGAGUCAGAAGCAGAACAGCCUACGGCACGGUCGAAGAAGCCCCGUCGCAGCCGGACCAUCUUCACAGAACUGCAGCUGAUGGGGCUGGAGAAGAAAUUCCAGAAGCAGAAGUAUCUGUCUACUCCAGACAGGCUGGACCUCGCUCAGUCACUGGGGCUGACUCAGCUCCAGGUGAAGACGUGGUACCAGAACCGCAGGAUGAAGUGGAAGAAAAUGGUACUAAAAGGUGGGCAGGAAGCUCCAACGAAGCCCAAAGGCCGCCCAAAAAAGAACUCCAUCCCCAGCUCAGAGGAGAUUGAAGCUGAGGAGAAGAUGAACAGCCAAGCUCAGCAGGAAGCACUGGAGGCAUCUCAGGUACCGGAGGAGCCUGAAUCAACAGAGGAGAAACAGGAUGUCUCCUCCGAGAUGGGGAAGUCUCUAGAGCACACACCAGAGACCUCCCCCGAAGACCUAGGGCCAUCCAGCUAAAGAGGAAAGAGGAGCAAUGGAGGGAAAAAGAAACAGUGAAACCAAAUGCAUAUGACCUUGUGUGUAAGUCAGAAGCUGGUGCACUUUGUGCCUUUGGGAACCAACCAACAUGGGCCACUGUGGAACAAAGAAAUCCAGUGCACAUGGUGAUGAUCCUUCCCUUCCAGCAGUGUGUAUAUGCCCUCCCUGCAGAUAAUCAGUGGAGCCUGAGUACUUUUAGAGCUAUCCUCCAAAGGAAACUGUGUCUAGAAACCUGAGACAGUCUGAAGAGACAGGAGAAGCCCAGGGCCUCUUUCCUGCUCUGGGAGGUGGUUAGGUAGUGAUAUGACUGUGUUGGAGGGUGCAGUGUGUUCGCUUGAUCUUAUCCUCGCCUUUUAAAGUAGAGAAAAUGGACAAAAUACUUAGCUUGGCCUCAGGACAGUGACUGCCAAGAAAAAGGGGGACUUUUAAAGCACGAUUUUCUCAUUUAACCAGCAUCUGUUUCUCUUAGGGAUGGGCCCAAGUUAAACAUUUUUGGAGAGAAUGCAGAGAAACCAGGGUUUUGCUUCACCUAUUAUAAAGAUAGGGACACCUGAGCAAGAUUCAGACCUGGGUCAGGGUUCAGACUUCAGACUUCCCUGGGAAGUUUGGGGCGAUGCCAUUGGAAAUCCUGUGUCAACCCGGCAUAAAGAUAGACGUUCCAAGAUAAAAUUUGUAUUGAGAUCUAGGUUUUCGGGCUCCUCCAGAAGCUUUGGGGAUAGUUGGAUUUGGGAUUUUUGCUUUGGGCUCAUUUCUAAUUUUGGGGGUUUUUUUUAAAAAGCAUUUAAAUGUUUUCAGGGUUUGGGGAGUGCAUUGGAGUUAAAAAGUUGCUGAAGAAAGUUUGCAUUUGUUUUUAGGACCUGUGUGCCAAGAACCGAUAUGCAUCGUAUUUCCUUAAGUCUUGUUAAGGGUGCAUUUUUGCCCAAAGGCUGCAAGAGAUGUAUUAAGAUAACAUUUAUUUUUUAAUUAAAAAUGAAAUAUAUACA